CUAGGAUCAUCCAUCAGGUAAAUCUCCCGAAGUGGCAAAGUGUGAUUCGAGAGCAGCCUGUGACCAAUUUAUAACGUUAAAAUGGUCCCGCGAAACGUCGUAUCUAUUUGUUUUCCAUUUUGUCUUUUUCAUUUUUCGCCCAUAUCUUAGCUUCAUGCCCUUGUCGCAAGCACUUUGCGCAAGUUGGCCCGUCAUCUCCUCGCGGUUUCCCGGUCACCGAUCUCCGAUCACUGUUAGUCCAAGUGAGUACAGGAUGUCUGCUGGACUCGAUGGAGUCACAGGUCGAGCCAAGGCAGAGUGGACGCCUUCUCGUGAUGCCUAUUUGGUUGAGCUUCUUAUCGGGCAGCACAAUUGUGGGAGGACUGCUUACAAUGAAUUUAAAAAUGAAGUAAUUAGAUCUGUGACACGUGACUUCAACAAGAAAUUCGAUUUGAAUUUAGAAGAGAACCAGAUUAAGAACCGUUACAAUGUUAUGAAGAAAGAUUAUGGUGUGGUAAAAACCUUGCUUGGUCACGAUGGGUUUGGCUGGGAUGAAACUCGACAUAUGGUUGUAGCUGAUGAUAAAGUUUGGGAUAACUAUAUUGCGGUACGAAGCGAAGCACGACCAUUUCGACGAAAGAGCUUUCCUCUGUAUAAACAAAUGACAGUUAUUUUUGAAGGUAAGUUCCCUUUUAUUUCUCCCUACCAUGUAAGUGUUCUAGCUAUCGUUGACACAUCUGGUGCAGGAGAGAGAUCUAACGGCAAAUACCAAUUACCAAGUGGAGUACCUGUGGCAACUGAAGAGGGAAAUAGCAACACAGAAACCGUGCGUUCUUCAGAGCCCAGUAACCUACCCACUCAAGUAGUUGAUGGCACCCUUGAUUCAGAUUCAAUCAUUCACGUAAAUGAUAUGCAACACAAGAAGCGCAAGUCUUUUGCUAUGACAGCACUAGGUCGUAAGAAAAGAGCAUGCUAUGCCUAUAAAGCUGGGGAGACGAUUGAAAAUGCCUUGUACGAGAUUUUCUCGGCAGCCAAGUUCAAAGCUAUGCAAAGGAAUGCAUCGAAUGAAAACACAUUGUAUCAGAAGUGCCUGGAAGAUUUGCAGCAAUUGGAAGAGUUGGAUGACACUGAGUUUACGAAGGCUGUUAAUGUUCUUAGGGAUGACAAAAAUGCAAUUGCAUUCAUGACAAUAAAAGGGCCCCGGCGUUUAACCUGGUUGAGGUCUCUAUGGCAAGCAUAGUUGCCUCCUAAAUGAAAUAGCUAUUCUCAAAAAAAAAAAAAAAAUGAAAAAAAGAAGAAAAGAAAAAUGGAUACAACGUUUCAAGAGAUUGUAUUUUCCUCUGUUGUAGAAGUUGCUAUGUUUUUCUACGAAUCUACCGAAGCUUUGCUCCUUGGGGGAUUGAUAUAACUGAAUCGAUAUUAAAAAUAUUUUUUUAACA